GGGAUGUCACACGGAAAACGUCCGGAACACACAGCUCCACCUGAACUUUAUUACAAUGAAAAAGAAGCACAGAAAUAUACCUCGAACUCACAUAUUAUAGAAAUCCAAACAAAAUUGUCUGAGAGGGCACUGGAACUCUUGGCGUUGCCUGAAGAUCAACCAGCAUUGCUGCUAGACCUGGGUUGCGGUUCCGGACUUAGUGGUGAAGUUCUCUCUGAAAAUGGUCACAUGUGGGUAGGCAUUGACAUCAGCGAGGCCAUGCUUGACGUCGCCCAGGAACGCGAAUGCGAAGGGGACCUUCUGUUGGGCGACAUUGGAACAUACCUGCCCUUCCGCAGCGGCGCCUUUGACGGUGCUGUGAGCAUUUCUGCCGUGCAGUGGCUAUUCAACUCGGAGACCUCCAGUCAAAAUCCACUCAAGCGCAUUAGGACCUUUUUCUCCUCACUCUACGCCUGUCUUUCGCGUGGCGCGCGGGCAGUUUUGCAGUGUUACCCCGAGAGUUCACAGCAGCUGGAUCUUUUGCAAACUGAGGCUGUUAGGGCGGGAUUUACUGGUGGCAUCGUUGUUGACUUUCCCAACAGCACAAGAGCAAAAAAAUAUUUCCUUGUCCUCGACGUCGGUGUGGCCAGGACGGUUCCAUCAGCACUCACCGGCAAGGCCAAUCCCAACACCAUCGCUGUGAUUGAACGCGACCGUCUGCACGACCUUCGCGAGGCACGGACCAAUCGGAAAUGUCCCAAGAAGAGUGCCGCUUGGAUUAGGCAAAAGAAGGAGCUAGCGCGAAGGCGUAUGAAGGACGUCGCUCACGACUCCAAAUACACCGGCCGCAAACGGCGCCCUCGUUUCUAG